CAAUCUCAUCUCCAAUCUCUCUGCUACCCCUGAAUCCGUAUCCGUCCCGAUAAACUUUUGCUAUCCCCCUAUCCCUAUCCACACUUGGUCGCGUACAACUCCCAACUCCUCUUUUUUGCUUCAACCCUCGCCGUCAGGUCGACAAUCCACGCACGCCCGCCCCAGACACAAUCUGCAUCUGCAUCUUGUGCCUGCCUGCCUUUCGAUAGCCCCGAGGCGGACGAUAUAAUUUCCGGCCUGCAGUCUGCAGUCUGCGCAUCGCACUGCCGCGACUUUUUUCCCACCCUGUCCCCUGGCCGAAUGCAUUGCGUCUAGACACUCCACCACCACCUGCAUUCGCAAUGCCGGGCUUCUUCUCGAGGCUCAAGGGCAGAGAUGGCCCUUCGAAGGUCAAGAAGGGCGCACUGCAGCCCGCCAUCGAUGCUGCUCCCCCGAAGCCGAGAUGGGAGGAUGCAUGGUCGCGCAAGACGAUUGAGCCGCAGGAGGUACAGGAGCUGCUCCACGGCUGCACCGUCGAAUUGAAGGCACGAGCGUUGGACACUCCCUUCCUCAUCCUCCCAUUCCGACCAACGUCAGAUCCAAGCGCAGCGCGUACAUUUAUUAGGCAUUACUUUGACAGGAGUCAACAGCUAUAUGGAGAGGUUUUGGCACAAGAGCUACGGCUGACAGACCCAAUGGUUCUGUGCAGUGUGGUCAAAUGGUGCUGGAGUAGACUGCCCGGAGGUGUUGUAGGAUGGGAGGCGUACGAUCUGUUCAGAGUGGGCGAGCAAGACUCGAAUAUGGCCCGAGACUCGUUUGCGACUUUUAUACCCCUGAGUGUGGACUCGAACGCGCGAGCUCAAAUUAUCUUCGAUUUCUUCGACCUGCUUUCAGCGAUUGCAGCACACGCAAAGACGAACGGUCUUGGAGGAAGAAAGUUGUCAAGAUUAGCAGGCUGGUGGGCCUUUGAACAUUCUGAUAUUGGCAAUGGCUUUGAAGGGGGAUAUAAAACAUGGGCUUCAGCUGCAGAUGCUGCCAGCCACCUAUUCUUUGCCUACCUCCGAUCAUUGUCGCCUCAAUCAGUUAAAGGCAUUAAUGGAAUCUCGAAGCUCCCAAUGUCCCUCCAGAAGCUCGUUCAAGAAACCGAAUACCCACCAGAACGACCAUCGUUGUUGCAAUCGACAACUACAAAGGUGGUCAUGAUUGUAGAUUCCGUCUCACCUACACCAUUUAUGCUCUUGCGCCGAGCCAAUCACUUCCAAUAUCGAGACGACGAUAGAGCCCUACAAGAUUUUGCGGAAUACGAGGAUCCAGUGAAGGCUUUGACAGAUGAAUGUCGUCGUGUUCUGCGGUCAAUUUCCUCGGCAAACCAGUCCCAAGUCUCAACCUCCAAGGAGUCGACUGGAUUAAGCGAUGCAUCAUGGUCUAGAUUCGAGGAUAUAGGCUUCUCUGCCACAUUCGACGAGCAGGAUGAGGAUGAGGAUGACGAGAGCAAUUUUGCCAAGAGACGUCCACAAGGUCUAAGGACGACACCACACUCGAGGAAUAUGGGUAUGGGCAGACCGACUACACCAUCCUGGGCGGAUUUCCUUUCUUCUGGCUUCGUUGACGAAGCGACUAAUGGUCCAGCACCUCUAUUAUUACCGCCCGACAAGAUUCUGCCCCCUAUUGACACCCGUGGACGCAGCUCCCAGUCGCAUAGGCCUAGACUCGAAGCGAAUCGCAAUCUCGAACCUGGCGAGCUGGCAAGUAUCGCCCGAUUCGACCUUGACGAUUCCUUUUGGUGGGUAUGGAUUAGCAGUUUGGCUGGAGAGGAAGUCGCGGAGAGAAAGGCUACUUUUGGACGUUGUGCACUAGUGGAGACAGUGAUUCCUGGAGGACGAUGGCUCGUAAUGGAAGAGAUGGUCAAGGGGGCUGCACCAGCCCCCGAAGAAGGCGCCUAUAUUGCAGAGAAGAAGAGUUUCUGGGGCCGAUCAAAGAAGAACAAGGCUAUGACUCGGAGAAAGUCCACCGGAAAGCAAUCUCUGGAACAAAAUCCCAACCUCCGGCCAGGAUUCAAGACCAAUCAAAGUGUUGGAGUCAGCAAGACUAGCCUUGGUCCAGAUCAGCAUGCUCGGAUUCAGGCAGCAGCAAUCCAGCUUCAACAGAAGCAGAGGCAGCAGGAACAGGAACAAUAUAAUUCGAGAAGAGGACGGAGUGAUGUGGAUAAUUAUUCACAGAAGACCAAUAGCGUUUUCACUCUUCAGCCAGUCAUCAUGAAGGAAGCUUCGCCGGCAAUGAAAUGGGCAAAUACAUACGACAAGGAAGCCAUCAGAGAAGCCUAUCUCGCCAACGCCAAUCAUGGGCGAGGUCUCGCCGAGGCAACCAUGCAAACGAAUGGUCACGCCAAGAGUCAGGAUACUCUGAGGCCGGCUCAAAACUUGCAGCGCGAGAACUCGCGGGACAGAGAGCUCCCAGCUGUGCCAACGUCAUCAGUGGGACCAGCCGUUCCCUCAAAGACAACUUCUCCGCCCUUCUCACCGAGCCCAGCGCCGGAACAAGACGAGCCUCAUCUCUCUGAAAAGGAAGUCGAAACGGCACCACCUCAAGAACCCCAUCCCGUAGAACGGAAACCAAUUCAACCCCGCAUUUCGUCCAAACCUCAAGAGCCCCGCGUUGAACAGCCAAGUGUCGAGCUCCCAAGAGAGCCCCCAAGAUCUUCAGUCGAUCAAAGCGGGUCCAGCCCCGAGAGCAAAGCCAAGCACAACAAGCUCAAGAAGAAGACGGAGCCUUCCAGCGGCGGCGGCUUCAGAAAGAUGUUCGGCCGCAACAAGAACCGUCAAUCCAAGGUCCCUGAAAAUGCAGGCGAAGUCAUCAACGGUAGCCAGAACCUCCAGCCGGCAACCACCGGCAUAGGACAUCGAUUCUCCAGGAGGGGAAAGAGCCCGGUCGCCUCUCCCGCCUCCGAAGCAGCUCCAUCCGAAUCCGGCCACCGGGUCUCCGAAGACGACACCACGCCGGUCGCCUCGCCCCAGCACUUCGAGCGCUCGUACGACCCGUCUAUCCAAGACACCCUAUCCCGAGUCGACACAAACGAUGCACACGAAGCUCAUCAAGCCUUUUCUAGCUUCGACCAAGGACCCCUUGAAGACGUCCCUGCGUUCGUACCAGAAGACUCUCCAAGACACAGCGAAGACGAUGUAGCUAUUCCGCCAAAUAUCUCGAGAGUGAGAACAAACGAUGAUGGUAACGAUUUGACGAAGGAGGUUAGUCCUGUUGGAGACAGGUGGGCACAGAUCCGGAAGAAUGCGGCUGAGAGAGCCGCGCAACGACAGAGCGAGGAGCAGAGUCGGGGCGGGCAAAGCCAGAAGACGGAUGGGGAUGAUGGGGAAACUAGUGGGGAAGAGACCAUCGAAUCCCGCGUCGCCAGAAUCAAAGCCCGUGUAGCGGAGUUGACGGGCAAUAUGGAUACAGGCAAUAGCCCGGCUGUCGCCCCGAGACCUACGAGAAGAGCAUAGACUCAUUCCGAGUCCUUUUUACGGCAUUUCUUUCCUUUUCAGGAGGGAACGAAGAGCCAAAACAACGAACGAAUUCAACUGUCACAUACAUCGACCGAUCGCACAUUCCAUCCUUCCAUUACAGCGCGCACGCAAUACAAAUGCAAAGAAAGAUUUCCUGGAGCCAAAAUCAA